CUCAUUCAAGAUUCCUACUUUUAAUUUGGUAAUUGUUGUUUAUUAGUACAAGAAAUGUCAUUAUAGGUCACCAGAAUGGAACAACAAUAACGUUAUCUACGUGUGAUCUAUAGGUCACAGGUUCGAGUUGUGAAAUGAGCUACUGAUGCUUUCUUAUGGUUUAACAAGUUGGCAUUUGUUUUCUUCUAUACUAUAAUGUUCUGGCCUUGGUUUUGUCAAAGAGAUUGUUUAUUAGUCCUUAUCAGUAUUAUACAUUACAGAAAAAUCAAUAAAGCUGGGAUUUCGAGUCGUUGACAUAUUAUAUAUCUUGUUUCUGAAGUCUUCUUGAUAUAUAAAAAAUUGAAAAUAUGUAUUCAGGAGCUGUCAAUCUGAUUUAUAAUACUGUUGCAUUUUCAGUUUACUGAUUAUUCAUACUCGUUUUCUUGAUUCCGCGUAUUCAGUUAACCUUAUCGGAUUCAUUGAGACAAGAAAUUCUCAAUUGAAAUACCCCUUUGAAUCUUGGAAAGUUCAAGAAAAUCCACCUUCGGUUCUUGAUCAUUUGAAAAUGAGUAUCCAGAGGUUUAUUAGUACUCACGGCAAUGAAUACUUUUCGAGUGAUUAUAAUUUAGAAGUUCCCAAAUGUUCAGCUCAAGAUUUAGUUGAUCAACAAUUACAAUAUUCAUCAUACAUGGAAACUUGUUUGCCUAUUGCUAGUUCAUCUUCAAGUAGCAUAAUCAGCUGUAUUGGUUCCCCUUCUUCAGCGUUUUUUGCCACAGAACGUUGCCUCGGGUUUACACAAUAUGAUAAUCAAGAUAAUACUUCUCAGUUGAUCAAGAAUUAUGAUCUUGAAAUGUCAUCAUUUGAUCCUCAACAAUGUAAAAAUGGAAUCUUGGAAGAUUCAUUAGCACAGGCUGAGCCAGAUUUUCGACACAAGAUUUCUUUACCAUCAUUCAUCAGAACAGAAUUCUCAACCAAUCCAUUUUCUGAUGUAUCAGAAGCAGAGAAAGAGAGUUUGUUGCAUCUGAAAAAUGAGUUACUGGGAGAAUUCAAUACUUCAUAUCGGAGGCACCCUUCGUUGCCUUUUGAUGGAAAUCAAGAUUACUGUCUCUCUCAUAAUUUAUGUUGCUCUCAAUUGGAAAAUAUGAGGCAACAAUCCGCGAUCCCUUCACUUACUUGUCAUAACUCUGCAUCUUCUGGAGUAUCCCAUAAGUCUAGUAAGACACGAAUCAGAUGGAGUGAAGAUCUCCAUGAUCGAUUUCUUGAGUGUGUAAAUUGCCUUGGAGGCGCUGACAAGGCUACGCCGAAGCAAAUACUAAAUCUGAUGGACUCAGAAAGCUUAACUCUUGAUCAUGUUAAAAGCCAUUUGCAGAAAUAUCGGAAUGCAAAGCAUCCAGAAUCAGCAGGGAAAUCCGAAAAGAGAAACAGCCUGGAUGCUGUGACAGAUAUCGAGAGCAAAACUGGAAUAGAAAUCAAGGAAGCACUGAAAAUGCAGCUAGAAGUACAAAGGUGUCUUCAUGAGCAACUUGAGACUCAACGAACGUUACAAAUGAGGAUCGAAGAACAAGCAAAAAAGUUGAAGAUGAUAUUUGAUGAACAACAAAAGAUAAACAGGACUCAUUUGGAGACGCGAAAUUCAAACAUUUCAUCUCCUGGUGUAGAAAUUUUGGUUGUAGAAGAGUCCGGUAAUUAGCCUGUCAAGCAAGUUGUAACAAAUGUAAAAUACAGUAAAAAUUAGGCUAUUUAUUAUCAAACUAGUACAUGUCAAUGAUUCUGUUGGCUGCAUAGGUAAAAAUGAAAUGAUUCAUAUAAGCUCCCAAGUAUUCAAUUGAAGAAAAAUUACAGACUGCUCACUCACCUCGAAACAACACCCUUGUUAUAGUCUAGGAGC